CGGUCCCUUUCCGCUGGAGACUCCCCACGCCCCACGCGGGGCAGCGGCGCCGCCAUGGAAGCGGGGGCGCGAGCGAUCGCGAAAGCGCUGGAAGAAAGUGUGCAGCAGAUCGUGGUCCUGGCGCCCGACCGAGUCUCCCAGGACGGUGCCGAGGUAUUUGAUCCCUUUCGGAGGGCGGUGACACAGGCCUCCCGUGGGCGCGAAGCACCACCGGGCCAGCUGCUGAACCCCUUGGCUUCGAAGGAGAUGGUCAUCAAAUUCCUUGUGGCUUUGCAUUCGGAAAAGAAGAUGUAUCGCAGGCAAGUGGUGGCCGUUGUGGCUGUGCUGCUGCACGAGAAGCUUUGGCUCCAAUCUUUGCUUCAGAUCCCAGGCUUUCCAGAGCACCUCCCGGAGGAUUUGAGGAUCAUCGUAGAGGAAGAGCAGAAAGCGCAGGAGGAAGCGCUGCAAGAGGAGCCUGAAGAAGGGCCAGAGGCAGAGGAGGCCGUUGGGCGGCGAUCUUCCCGGUGCGACCGGUCAGUCCAACAGCUGGCGGCCGCACGCGCUCGGCUGCGUGAGAUUGGCUUUAGCGCCUCUGACGACGACUCCGCCAAUGACGCUUUCACCACCUUCAACCGUGCGGUUCUAUGGGUGAUCCAAAGUCCAGAGCAGGAGGAUGACGAGUUACUCUCGCAGAUGGAUGAGAAGGAUAAUGUCUUGGAGUUUCUGGCGGAUUUCCAUGACCGAAAGCCCAAGCACCGCGCACGGAUCACUGCUUUGGCGGUGAGGCUCUUGGAGUUUGACACCUGGCGCGAGGCUUUGGAAUCGAGCAGCCCAUCAGUGAGUGCUACCUUGAAUGCCCUCACGGGCCGCUCCACGAAAAACGCUUCCUCGGUGGCGGUGAAUUUGGAGACGGCGGUAGAGCUGGCGGCGUCACGUGGAGGUGUGGGAGCGCUGUACCUGCGGAUGAUUUCUGCGAAGGGCCUAUCUAAGGAGUCCGCAUUUCCCUUUGCCCGCGCCACGCUGCGCAACACCGGCAGCGCCCAACGCACGGAAGCCGCGCAUGCUGAGGGCAAUGGCGAAGUGCUUUGGGCAUCUUCCGCACCCUUUGUCUUCGAGGUGCCGCACCUCGACGCGGAGCUUCACGUGGAAAUCCUCAGCAGCGACGUGACCGGAGAUCAGUUCUUAGGUUCGGCGACCUUCCGAGUGGUCGAUGCCCCGAACGGAACAGGACCAAAGAGGAUCUCCUCUUCAUUGAGCAUGGGUGGUGAGCUUUGCUGCGAAGUGCUCUUUCGCUCUGUCUCCAGAGAGGACAGCGGAGGCGCCCCAGGCGGUUACAGCGGACACCGCACUGGCUCGGUGGUCGCCGGCCUCACCGCAGCGCUUUGGGACCUGGACUCUGCCAAGGUGGAGGGAGGUUGGAUCAUUUCGGGCGCCAAGGGCGAGCAACACAGCGGACUGGUGUGCCCGGCAGGGCAUCCUAUCGAUAAGCGCAAGGAGAAUGAACACCGACCGGCCAAGGUUAGAUAACUUUGGGUGGGUGUGAAUGCUGGUGGGUUUGGGGAAAAAGAAACUCUUUGAUCAAGUCUUUGGAUGUAUAUAGAUUUAUUUGGUUGAUCUAUUUCAUUGAGUGUUUGGAGGGCUGAAGGGGUCUUGAUUCUUGCUGUUCAUCGAUUUUGACUGCGGUCGAUUUAGGGCGGCUGCGUUUGUGUCCACUUUAGUGGAAGAGUCACAUUCCACGUUGUGGUCGAGGUAUCUUUCGGUUUGGUUGAAGUCGGGUUAUUCAAUUAUGAUCCAGUUUUGGGUUGCUUGGAUAUGUCAGCACAAUGUCCUCAUGAUGUUUGUUUGCUUUUGAUCUGUCAUUGUUGAUUGUUGUCCAUGCAGCUCUGUAGUCGGCGAUCCCUCUUAGUUUGGGCUGGAUGUGCAGAUUUGGGUAGACAGCUUCAUCCGUGGAAACAUUGCAAGCUCCUCUUGACACCGGCAGGACUUUGACAAACACAAUCCGUCCUAAUAAUGCAUUUCUAAUCUAAAGCCACUUUUUCUAAGCUGCCCUUGGAGUGUCGGUUUGGUCGGAAAUCCUCAUCCGAUUGCAAAAGGGGUCAGUUUUGCUCUACGGGUUCACAAUGGUUCCCAUUUUUGGUUUUGUUUCUUAUGAUACUUGACGUGUGCAGUAAGCAUCAUUACUUUUGGCGGAGAAGCACCUACUAGUGAUGGCCUCCAACCAGUAGCGAUGGCCUCCCACCUCGAAGUCAUGGCCUCCAAGUUCUACAAUUGGAAAGUUGCCAGAGCGGGAUCUGCCGAGAAGCCUCUUCGGAGAACAUGUUGCUUGAAGGGGACCAUUAUGAAGCCAAUCACAACCUGUUGAGCUUUGUUUUGGAUCCCAGUGUUCGGUCUAGUAGUGUGUAAUGCUGCUGGCGUGAAUUUUUUGUGAGGUGUCAAUUCUUCUUGGAGGGCAUUCUCACUUGACCAUGCUGAUCUGAAACAACAAACAUCAUGAAACAUGUCACUUUGUUCACCUGACGCUAACCUUUGAAGCUUUCUGUGUGUUUUUUUUUGCGCGUGUUAUCUUUCUAUUGGUUUGGAAAGAACAAGAACAUCCUUCAAGAGGUUGGAGGCGGUGGAGGCGGAGGCCGCUUCAGGAGGGCAUGUCGUGGCGGCAGAGUUUGCUGCACGGCGACCUGCGGCGCUGCGACCUGUGCGGCCGAAGCAUCCAACGCCAGGACACGCGCUGGCGAUGCUUCCACCAUUGUGACUUCAAUGUUUGUGAGCGCUGCUAUGCGGAGAAAUCCUGAAGGGACAAAAA